AUGAAAUUGGUCAGAUUUUUGAUGAAACUGACCUCGGAGUCGGUCCAGAUUGAGCUGAAGAAUGGUACCGUUCUUCUCGGAACAGUCAUGUCUGUGUCCAACAAUAUGAACACGACACUCAAGAAUGUGAAGAUGACCAUGAAGAACCGACCCCCAACCUCGCUCGACUACAUCAACAUUCGAGGCAACACAAUCCGGUUCUUCAUUCUCCCCGACUCGCUACCCUUGGAUACUCUUUUGAUUGAUGAUACUCCCAAGGCCAAGAGAAGAAAGGUUGAGCCUGGUGCUCCUGGCGCGGCAAGAGGUGGACCAGGUGCGGCUCGAGGACGAGGCGGACCUAUGAGAGGCCGUGGAGGACCUAGAGGCCGAGGUGGUCCCAGAGGACGAGGUGGACCUAGAGGUCGGGGACGGUUCUAA